AUUCCAUCCCUCCUCCCCCUCUGCCGCUUCUCUUCUCUAUCAUAAAAGAACUGUCAAAACCAAAGUAACACAGUAGGGGAUAAAAAUGGCAGGGAAUUGGGUUCUCUGCCGCUCUUGCUGUCGCUCGAUCCUACUAAGCAGCUGCCUUAUGUUGCUACUUGCUUCAUCGCCAUGUAUAUUCACGACUUUCUCGCAGUCCAUAAGCGGCCAGCAGCUGGGUUUCUCAGAUACCUUAACUGUUUCCAGUCUGCGAUAUCCUCAAACUCGGGUCAAGCCUUAUGACUUGCGGUAUAUUAGAGUUGAAUUGCCACCAUGGUUCUCUUCUGUUUCCAUUGCCUUGGUGUCAGACGUGGAUGUUGAUGCAGGUAGUAAGGCCAUAUCAUCUAAAAGCACUACUCCGAUUCUCUGCCUCAGAGAUGGUAGUCCCCCUCUCCCAGAUGUCUUAAACAGUUCUCUCAUAGAAUUAGGUCCUCUAUCUAGUGCAGCAUUUGAAAAGAUUCAAGGCUCUCAGAAUGUGGACUGCUUCCUAAUGCAGAAAAACCUCACCUUGAUGGUGACAAAUGAGCAGGUACCUCCUGGAGUCUGGUAUCUAGGUGUAUUCAAUGGCAUUGGGCCAACCAGGACGCAAUCUAAAAUGAUUGUUCGCAGUUCAGAUUACUCCUUUAGUGCCAACAUCAGUGUCGAUGGGUGCAUGACUUCCACAAUAUGGGGUCAAUAUUGCAAUCAAACAAUGUACCCACUUUCAUGUUCUUUGUUUGACCACCAUAGCCGUGCUGCAAGUCUUUCAAAUGUGGACUUCACUACAUCUCAAAGUGUGAUAUCUUGUGGUGACUCUGGGAUUUCUUGCCAUGGAGUGGAUGAACAGAAAGUUUAUUCGUUAGAUGUGAUGGAUCUGCCAGAACAAUUGACUAUAACUGCAAGAAACGUCAGUGUUAACUCAAAUGACAAUGUGAAUGUUAGUAGCAUUCCCUUGAUGUGUUAUGCUCGGCAUGGUGCAAUGCCGUCAGUUGCGCUGCAUGAUUAUUCUUCUGACUUGAAUAAAGCUCCCUUAGUAAUUAACUCACCAAAUCUUGGCCGGUGGUUUUUCGCCAUCGUACCUACUAAUCCUGGAGCAAUGCGAAAUGAAACACGGAUCUGCUAUUCUGUUACCGGGCAAGUGUUUGAGUGUCCAUCAGGGAAGGCUGGAUUCAACUGUACCUUUGAGAGACACGCUCUGGAGACAGUUAUUAGGAAGGAUUCCAUCCCCUUUGAAUCAUAUUUUUUGCCAGUCAGUGGACCAGUGUCUUCUGAAUCCGUAAAUUUUCCCCUUGAGCCCCUUUCAGACAAGUUCUCCCGCACUGUAGAAACCAAAAACCUUUGGACUUAUUUUUUGUUGAAUGUACCUCGUGGUGCUGCUGGAGGAAAUAUUCAUAUACAUAUAACAUCGAAGACAAAGAUAAACUACGAGAUUUAUGCUAAAGUUGGUGGAUCGCCGUCUCUGGAAAGUUGGGACUACUAUUAUGCUAAUGCCACGAGCAACAGCAACAGUUCCAUGUUCUUCAUGCUGUAUGAUUCAAGUGAACAGAAGGUUGAUUUCUACAUCCUAUAUGUUAAAGAAGGGAUUUGGACGUUCGGAUUAAGGCAUUCAGAUAUCUCCACCAGCAACACGUCAAGUGAUCAGACUCUCAUGUCUGUUUCAGUCGAGAGAUGCCCGAAAAAAUGCUCUUCCCAUGGGGAGUGCAAAGUGGCUCUGGAUGCCAGUGGAUUGACAUCAUAUAGCUUCUGUUCUUGUGAUCGAACACAUGGAGGGUUUGACUGUGGCAUUGAAAUUGUGUCACAUGAAGGGCAUGUUCGCCAGUCAAUAGCACUAAUUGCAUCCAAUGCUGCUGCUGUAUUUCCUGCAAUUUGGGCUCUGCGGCAAAAGGCUUUUGCAGAGUGGGUCUUGUUUACGUCUAGUGGAAUUUCAAGUGGGUUGUAUCAUGCAUGUGAUGUUGGCACGUGGUGCGCACUAUCAUAUAAUGUCUUACAGUUCAUGGACUUUUGGCUCUCGUUCAUGGCUGUAGCUAGCACUUUUGUGUACCUAGCUACCAUUGAUGAAGUUUUCAAGAGGACAAUCCACACAGUUGUUGCCAUCCUCACUGCCCUCAUGGCCAUAACUAAAGCAACGAGGUCUAUCCAGCUAAUACUACAUAAGGCUAAAAUUCUUACGAUAGUAUCUCUUAUGAACUGAAAUGUUCUGAAGCAUUUAUAACAUCAGUAAAAUUCUGCAGGCCUUCCAACAUUGUCCUCGUUAUAGCAAUUGGAACCCUUGCUCUUUUUGUUGGAUGGUUGAUAGAGUUCUCAACCAACUUCAGGUCAUUUGCCUUCCCUUCGACUUACUGGUGGAACACAGAUAACAGAUGGCAAACCAUGAGGAGAUGGUGUGACAACUUGAUCAAGACAGUGUUGAGACGAUUUAGGUGGGGAUUUCUAGUUGCAGGAUUUGUUGCCUUGGCCAUGGCAGCAACAAGCUGGAAACUCGAAAGCAGUGAAAGCUACUGGAUGUGGCACAGUCUCUGGCAUGUUACCAUAUACAUUUCCUCAUUCUUCUUUCUUUGCGCAAAAGCAAAAGCAACGACAAGUAGUGAGGAUGAAGCACCUGCAGAUGUAAACUAUACGUUAACCCGACAAGAUUCUUUUACAAGAAGGGAAGGGUAGCUUGGUGUUUUUGUAAGGAAGGUUACAUAUAGACAGGAUAUUAGGUCAGCAUUACCAAAGGUUGAAUAUUUUCCGGGAAACUUGGUCUCGGCUCUGUAAAUAUUUACGUACAGACGAGAAGAAAUAUUAUUCCUGGUAUGUAUCUGGCUCGUGAUAUGGGGAACUAAAGGACAUACAAAACAAACUGUUAAGAGGUUGUUUGACAAGCAAGUAAUCUACUCUAGAUUUCCAAAA